ACUCAAGAAUCUAGGUUUGCUUCGCGUUACAGGAAACACGUUGUCCGGUGAAAUACCAAGCACACUCAGUAGUUGUGUAGAGUUGACGAAUCUGUACAUGGAUGGAAAUUUUCUUCAAGGCGCCAUUCCUGAUGCAUUGAGCGAAUUGAAAGGUCUCAAUGAGUUGGAUUUGUCUAAAAACAAUUUAUCAGGUAAAAUUCCGCAAUUUUUGGAGAGCCUUCCAUUGCAAAUGCUGAAUCUAUCAUACAAUAGCAAGCUCGAAGGUGAAGUACCCACUGGUGGAAUUUUUAGUAAUGCAACAGGUCUUUCACUAGAUGGAAUUAGGGGAUUGUGUGGAGGUCGACCGGAGUUGAAGCUUCCUAAAUGCAACAAAAAGAACCAGAAAAAAAGACAAGGUCACAAUAAAAGAUUAAUACUUGGUAUUGUUUUCGGCCUUCUUGGAAUUAUAUCGAUGGUGACAAUAUUUGUGUCAUUAUACAUCUAUCGGUAUAAAAAGAAGACUAAAUUACCCACAUUCUUGGGUAAUUUUUCAGAGAACUAUCCAAACUUGUCUUACCAAACCCUUUUAAAAGCCACAAAUGGGUUUUCUUUUGACAAUUUGAUUGGGAGAGGCACAUUUGGGGCUGUAUACAAGGGAAUCCUUCAUGACCUUGUGGAAACAUCCAUUAUUGCAAUCAAGAUUUUCAACCUAGAGCAGCAUGGUGCUUCGAAGAGUUUUAUGGCUGAAUGUGGAGUCCUCCGGACUAUAAGACAUCGGAAUUUGAUCAAGGUCAUUACUGCUUGCUCAAGUGUUGACUAUCAAGGGAAUGACUUCAAGGCUUUGGUUUAUGAGUACAUGGUUAGAGGAAGCUUAGAAGAGUGGUUGCAUCCAGUGGCAAUUGAUGUGGUUGAGGACACAGAUACUGCACCUAGGUUAAGUCUACGACAAAGACUUGAUAUUGUAGUUGAUGUUGCUAGUGCGUUGGAGUAUCUUCAUCAUAAUUGUGGUGCACCCAUAAUUCAUUGUGAUCUCAAGCCAAGCAAUGUCCUACUAGAUGAAGAAUUGGUUGCACAUGUCAGCGACUUUGGGUUGGCUAAAUUUCUCUCGGAAAGCAUCAGUAGCUCUAUUGCAAAUCAAUCCAGCUCUCUUGGAGUCAGGGGAACUGUUGGUUACGCUCCACCAGAAUAUGGUUUGGGAAAUGAGGCGUCUACCAAUGGUGAUGUCUAUAGUUUUGGAAUUCUACUACUGGAGAUGAUCACAGGAAAAAGGCCUACUAAUGAUAUGUUCAGUGAAGGAAUAAGCCUUCAUGACUAUGUGAAAGAAGCUCUACCUGAACGAGUGAUCGAGAUUGUAGAUCACUCCCUUGUUGAAGACAUAGACUCUGAGGAGAUCGAUAGCAGGUUAAUGUUGGAGGCACUAACUUCUGUACUUGGAAUAGCAUUGUCUUGCUCAACUGAGGUCCCACAAGAAAGGUUGGAUAUGAGUGAUGUCACUGCAAAAUUAUCAUCAAUCAGAAAAAAGCUUCUUGGAACUAGAUUAGAUCAAAGGAGAAUUCGUGCAGGAACACGAUGGUGAUCAAGAUCUCUCUAAUAUUACCAGCUCAUGACCAAGCUUUCUAUGUAUCUGUGACUUCUCUUAAAAAGAAUCUUGCUCUUGUUUCUUAUUUUUUUCUUUUCCCCUUACAGUGUUCUGACUUAAGAUCUGAACAGUAGAGCAACUAUCUACUUCAGAUUACAGUCUUUGAAUCAUUUGAUGGUUUUUCUCCUUUAAGCUUUUUGUUUGUAUCACAAUAAACAAUUUUAGUUCCUUAUCUAUAUACUGUGUGAUCAGAUA